AUGGAUAUUCCAUACAAAUCAGCCUUGCCAUUUGUGUUGCUAGUCGUCAAUGCAGUUCUGGGUUCUCUAUUUUUUGGAUAUUCUAUUUCCUAUCUAAAUUCAGCCUCAAAUUUUUACCCCAUUUAUUAUCUAAUUUAUGAAUAUGAUGUCUCUACUCAAAACCUACUCAAAGCUCUGGUUGGAGGUAUCGCAAUUUAAAUAUAGUAACUAGCUAUUUUCACUUUAUCCGCAGGAGCAGGAGCAAUUCUUUCAGGGAACUUGCUACAAUAAUUUAGUAUAAGAAAAUCUUUUAUGAUUACUGAUUUCAUUGGAAUAAUUGGCGUAGUACUUGAAAUAAUACCCAAUAUUUAUUGGUUUUACCUUGCUCGAAUUUUUAUUGGUUUUUGCGUAGGACUAAAUUCUUCACUAAUUCCAUUAUAUAUUAAAGAGUUUUCACCUAAUAGAUUAUCUGGAUCACUAGGAGCAAUGAAUUAACUUACAAUUAACAUAGGAGUGUUGAUAGGACUUAUUUCAGCUUUUGACAUUGAAGAAGAAUCAUAAAAUGAUAAUGUUUUUAGAUUGUUUUUGGAAUUGCCGCUUAUAUUUUGUUUACUUAGGACUUUAUUAUUGAUUUUUGUAUUUAAAAAUGAGCCACCAUCUUACUAUGUCCAAAAAAAUCAACUCAUAGAGGCAAAAUAAAUUGUGGAGAGAUAUUAUUUAAGAGAAAAAGUUGAUUUUGUCUUAGAGAAGAUCAAGUCAGUUAUUGAAUAGAAGAAACUUUAGAAAGAAACCUAUAGGGAUCUGAUUAUGAAUUAUAGUUAAAGAAAGCGUUUAUUAAUUGGCUGUGGACUCUAAGUUUUGUAGCAAUUUUCAGGAAUAAAUGCGAUUAUGUUUUUUUCUAAAACCAUAUUUUCAUCCAUUCUCAAUAAUAAUGAGACAAAAAUUAAUUGGGCUAAUGUGGCAGUUGGGUUAAUCAAUAUCAUAUUUAGUUUUUUGGCUAUUAGCUUAUUAUAGAAGUUUGGAAGGAGGACUCUUUUGUUAUAUGGAACUAUAGUUUGUACCUUUUUCCUAUCGAUUGCCUUUGGUUUCUCAUUUUCCGAAGACCCAAACACCACAAUUGAAAUCUUGAUUGUGUUUGCAAUAUUUGGAUAUCUUGGGGCCUUCCAAUUAUCUCUAGGACCUGUGGCAUGGAUUUACGAUGCUGAUAUCUUGUCUGAAAAAGGGAUGUCUUUAGCAGUGCUUUGUAACUGGAUAAGCUGCACAUUCAUAGCAUUUGCGUUCGUUAUUUUGGAUAUUGAACACAACAAGGAGAGACUGGCUAUUGUUUUUGGCGUUUUUACUGGGUGCUGUAUUUUGGGUGUGUUUUUCAUAUUGAAGUUUGUUCGGGAAACAAAAGAUAGAACUUAAUCAGCAAUCAAUAUAUAUUUCUCAUUAACCAAAAUAAGGGAGGAGGGUUUGUUAGGGUGA